AUGCUGCCCUUGAGGGCCUCGCGUCUGGAGGAGGUGUCGGGGCUGCUGCUGGCCCCCGCCGUCCAGCGGGACGUCCUGCCCGGCGGUGCCAUCGUCCAAGACUGGCAGCCCUGGCAUGGAGAGGGCAACCUGCGCCUGCUGGCUGGGUGAGGGCUGGAAUGGCGGCGGCCCCACCUGCUCACCCUGUGCGGCCUACCUCUCCCUGUCCCGCCGGGCCGCGGUGGGUCCUGACGCUCCCUGAGCGUGGACGCCUUCGGCGGGGACGCGGCCUACGCUGCUCAACAAGUAGACCUCGAGCGGCCGGGCCCGACCCUCGCCGGCCACGAUGUUGUGUGCCAACUCUUCCUGGCCCUGGACCUCUGGCCGCAGCUGGCCGCCUUCUGCCAGGACGCCCUGGGCCUCGAGCUGGACAAGGGCUACUCUGAACACUUUCUGCUGGAGGUCGACAUCUGGACCCCCGCCCCCCAACCCUUCCUGGGGAGAUGA